AUAAUUGUGGACAGCACGGGAAGGGUGUGGUUGAAACUCGCUCUUAACCUUAGAGGAACAUCUUGCAAGAUGUGGCUGAAACUAACAGCAGUUUUCCUUACAUGCAUUGUGGCCAGCUGCGCCGCACAGGGCUGUGUGGCCAGGGACUAUGGGUACGGCAGCAUCGUGUGCGUGUGCAACUCGACCUACUGCGACCUCGUGGAGGAGACUAGCGGGGACGAGAUGACCAACGGGAACGCCAGGCACUACGUCACGUCGAAGGCGGGCAUGAGGCUGCACGCCAUGACCAUGAAGUUCUCCAACUCCAGCGACGACAGCAAAUCAGCGACAUUCAAGGUGGAUCGCUCCAAGAAGUACCAGAAAAUGUAUGGAUUUGGCGGAGCCAUAACAGACGCGGCUGGAUUGAACACGUUUUCGCUUUCUUCCAAGGCUGCGGACAACUUGAUAAGGGCCUACUUCCAGAAGGGCGGUAUCGGCUACACGUUCAUGCGAGUCCCGGUGGGCGGCUCCGACUUCUCCACGCACAACUACGAGUACACGGACGACUACCCGAACGACACGUCGCUCAAGCACUUCAACCUCUCCAUGGAGGACUACUCUUACAAGAUACCAUUCAUCAAGAAGGCAUUAGCAGUCAGCGAUCCCGAAGUUCCUGUGAAGCUAUUCUCAGCCCCUUGGUCUGCUCCUGACUGGAUGAAGAUCAUCAAUAAGACAACCAACGCGAGCAAGUUGAAGAAAGAAUAUUAUCAAGUGUAUGCCAAUUACUACGUCAAGUUCCUGGAUGCAUACGCAGCAGAAGGACUUAAGUUCUGGGGCCUCACGCCACAGAACGAGCCAGGACAUGGGCUGGUUAGCGGGAUGUUUAACAGCAUGGGCUGGACGCCCAGCCAGAUGCAGGAGUGGCUCGUGGGAAACCUGUGUCCGUCGCUCAAGUCGGGAGGCUACGGCAAUCUCAAGCUGAUGAUAAACGACAACCAAAGAGCGAAUGUCCCUGAAUGGUUGGAGCUGUACAAGAACGAGACAGUACGGGAAUGUGCAUCUGGAAUGGCUGUGCAUUGGUACGCUGACCAAGAUACGCCCGCAAGCACAUUGACCAAAGCACAUGACGAGUACCCACAUAAAUUUAUGCUGUACACGGAGGCUUGUAUCAUGAAGGGACCAGCUCCCAAAGCCGUCUCACUGGGGGAUUGGAGCAAAGGUGUCCGAUACAUGUCCGACAUCAUUGAGGUGAGCAACAACUGGGUGUCGGGCUGGGUGGACUGGAACAUGGUGCUUGACCUCAACGGAGGCCCCAACUGGGUCAACAACGUGGUGGACGCCCCGGUGAUUGUGAACGCCACGGCGGACGAGUUCUACAAGCAGCCCAUGUUCUACGCUCUGGCGCACUUCUCCAGAUUCGUACCCCCGGGGUCCGUGCGAGUCGGUCUGCAGGCGGAGCGUAGCGGCGGCAUAGAGAGCGUGGCUUUCCUCACUCCGGACAACGCCACCGUCGUCAUACUGCACAACACCAAUGAUUCUGAUGCUGAAGCAGUUAUCAGUGAUCGAGAUAGCGGCAAACUUAGGUUGAAGAUCUCAGCCAAUAGCAUGAACACUGUAUUAUACUACUAAAAAUGUACAAUAUCUGUAAAUAUAUUUAAUUGAAAUAAAAUUUUUACAAUUUAUUUUGUAGAAAAGCACUGUGAUAUAGUUGGAGAUUUAACUUUCUUCCAGAAGCGUAGCAUUUUGCCUACAUGUAUAUAAGUUGUCCCUGAGUUAGUUGCUCGCUAUCGUAUCGCAGUAAGUGGCAAGAGUCAGGGAUUUGAUCCCAAUCUUCUGGCAUAAAACCAAUUAUUAACUCCGAUUGUGUACCCAAUUCUGUGCCAAUUCUGAUCCUGUGGUGCUGCGGUGCAAAACCAUGCAGUGUUAAGUGCUUAAUAGUAGUUUUUUAGGUUUUGAUUUAUAACUAUUUCAUAAGGCUAUUUUAAAUAAAGCAAUUUUAAUACAUAGAAAGUUAAA